GCGCCAAUUCGACCGUCCGCAGCAGAGCACAACUCCCGGGCCUCGACCAGGACCUAGAGGAGUUAGAUUGAUUCGAACCAGCGACCGCCCGACGCCCAAUCGACGCGAUUCCGAAGCCCGGACGGGUGAUCUACGAGAGCGCGACGGUUCAGAAGGGGGAAAAAGAAUAACAGACGCCCACCAUGCCGCAGGAUAUGCCGCCCGCUGGCGGCUAUGAAGCCGUUCAGUACAAGCGCAACCUCCCCUCGCGCGGCCUGUUCCGCCCCAGGCCCCUCCUCGCCGGAAGCGCACUGCUUAUGCUUUUUGGCUGGUACAAGCUUGUCGUCGGCAUUCGCGAGCAAAACGAACUCGCCCGCGAGAAGAUGUGGGCUCGCAUCCACCUGAUCCCGCUCCUGCAGGCCGAAGAGGACCGCGACCAGGUCCGGAGGCACCUGGCCGACCAGGCGAGAGAGAAGGAGCUUCUCGGGGAGAACAUCAAGGUCUAUCACUCGGACCGGUUUGUCCGGCCCACGUUUGGAGUAACACCUGCGAACGUUACCAAGGACUAAGUUGAGAUGGUUGAUACGGGGGUGGUGAGCUCUAUCAACGGAUUACAGCUCUUUGGCAGAACGGAGAGCAAUUCAUGUUCCGAUAGAUGCCCGGAGCUACGAGCUUCUGGGUGGAUGUAAAUAAUCGGUGGUAGAUGGAUGAAAGAAAGGGUUUUGGCACG